AAAAAAAAAGUUUUUUUUCCCUAAAUAUUCCCUCAGAUUGAUCAUAAUCUGUUCCCAGGCUUAUAUUUUUACUAAAUCAAAAGAAAUAUUGUUUCGGCAGUAAUGAGGUUAGCAUCAGUGUUAGCAUCAAACUCAGAGGGAAUCAGUUCAUGGAAAACCUGCUUCCUUUAUCGUCCUGCUUGAUUUCAGGUCAAUAAAUCGAAGCGGAACAAAAAUUUAAAUCCCAGAAUCCAUAAAAGUUUAAUUCCUCCUUCAGUUCCUCUAUUGAACACUAGAUGGAGACAAACAGAAACAAACCUUCAGAGAACCAGUUUGCUCCCAGAUAGGAAGCUAGACUGGGACGGACUCCUGUGCUGCGCUCUGAUUGGCUGUUCUGGACAUUUCUGACCAGGAAGUUGGUCCAAAGAACCUCCAGAAUCCUCCAACAGAGACCAGAACAGAACUUUAACCUGGGAGAUGAGUUACGGGGAUGUUCCCCUAUAGAUAUAUAUGGUGUUACUGGUUUCUGUCCACAGCAGCCGGAAACGUCCAACAUCUACCUCAGGUGGACCGUCCGCCUCCAGAUGACAUCCUGCAGACACACACCUGGACCUGCCUCUAUAACCUCAGUAUCAUCCUGACCCAUUUCCACCUGGUUCUGACUGACAGGCGAUUUUUCCCUCUGGUUACCAUAGAGACGGGAUCUGGCCAUAUUAAGCAGGAGGAGAUGAUGAUUUAAGACUUUUAUGGGAUGUGAGGAUUGAUUCUGUUUAAAUGUUUGGAUGUAUAAAAAAAAAAGAUUCUGCUGCCUCUGAGUCUGAAUGUUGGACCAUCUGCUGGUCCACCACAGGUCCUGCUGCAGCAUCUGAUGACGGGUCAGAUGGUCCACCACAGGUCCUGCUGCAGCAGCUGGUCUCUGAUGGGUCAGAUGGUCCACCACAGGUCCUGCUGCAGCAGCUGGUCUCUGACGGGUCAGAUGGUCCACCACAGGUCCUGCUGCAGCAGCUGGUCUCUGAUGGGUCAGAUGGUCCACCACAGGUCCUGCUGCAGCAGCUGGUCUCUGACGGGUCAGAUGGUCCACCACAGGUCCUGCUGCAGCAGCUGGUCUCUGACGGGUCAGAUGGUCCACCACAGGUCCUGCUGCAGCAGCUGGUCUCUGAUGGGUCAGAUGGUCCACCACAGGUCCUGCUGCAGCAGCUGGUCUCUGACGGGUCAGAUGGUCCACCACAGGUCCUGCUGCAGCAGCUGGUCUCUGACGGGUCAGAUGGUCCACCACAGGUCCUGCUGCAGCAGCUGGUCUCUGACGGGUCAGAUGGUCCACCACAGGUCCUGCUGCAGCAGCUGGUCUCUGACGGGUCAGAUGGUCCACCACAGGUCCUGCUGCAGCAGCUGGUCUCUGACGGGUCAGAUGGUCCACCACAGGUCCUGCUGCAGCAGCUGGUCUCUGAUGAUGGGUCAGAUGGUCCACCACAGGUCCUGCUGCAGCAGCUGGUCUCUGAUGAUGGGUCAGAUGGUCCACCACAGGUCCUGCUGCAGCAGCUGGUCUCUGACGGGUCAGAUGGUCCACCACAGGUCCUGCUGCAGCAGCUGGUCUCUGAUGACGGGUCAGAUGGUCCACCACAGGUCCUGCUGCAGCAGCUGGUCUCUGAUGAUGGGUCAGAUGGUCCACCACAGGUCCUGCUGCAGCAGCUGGUCUCUGAUGAUGGGUCAGAUGGUCCACCACAGGUCCUGCUGCAGCAGCUGGUCUCUGACGGGUCAGAUGGUCCACCACAGGUCCUGCUGCAGCAGCUGGUCUCUGACGGGUCAGAUGGUCCACCACAGGUCCUGCUGCAGCAGCUGGUCUCUGACGGGUCAGAUGGUCCACCACAGGUCCUGCUGCAGCAGCUGGUCUCUGACGGGUCAGAUGGUCCACCACAGGUCCUGCUGCAGCAGCUGGUCUCUGACGGGUCAGAUGGUCCACCACAGGUCCUGCUGCAGCAGCUGGUCUCUGACGGGUCAGAUGGUCCACCACAGGUCCUGCUGCAGCAGCUGGUCUCUGAUGACGGGUCAGAUGGUCCACCACAGGUCCUGCUGCAGCAGCUGGUCUCUGAUGAUGGGUCAGAUGGUCCACCACAGGUCCUGCUGCAGCAGCUGGUCUCUGAUGACGGGUCAGAUGGUCCACCACAGGUCCUGCUGCAGCAGCUGGUCUCUGAUGACGGGUCAGAUGGUCCACCACAGGUCCUGCUGCAGCAGCUGGUCUCUGACGGGUCAGAUGGUCCACCACAGGUCCUGCUGCAGCAGCUGGUCUCUGACGGGUCAGAUGGUCCACCACAGGUCCUGCUGCAGCAGCUGGUCUCUGACGGGUCAGAUGGUCCACCACAGGUCCUGCUGCAGCAGCUGGUCUCUGACGGGUCAGAUGGUCCACCACAGGUCCUGCUGCAGCAGCUGGUCUCUGACGGGUCAGAUGGUCCACCACAGGUCCUGCUGCAGCAGCUGGUCUCUGACGGGUCAGAUGGUCCACCACAGGUCCUGCUGCAGCAGCUGGUCUCUGAUGGGUCAGAUGGUCCACCACAGGUCCUGCUGCAGCAGCUGGUCUCUGAUGGCGGCUCGGCUUGUUUGCAUGCUGCCCUGAACUUUGCAUCUGUCCGUUUGCUCAGGGUGACGUCAGUGAAGCCGUCUGCGUGGUUGGUUCAGUCUCUCUGCUCUACCUGUGGCGUUGGGUCCACAUGUUCUCACAUGUUCUCCUGCUGCACGUUACCCUCAUGCCGUCUGGUUCCUGCUGUUGCACAGCAGAGCUGCGGUUUUCCUUUAAGAGGCUCACCCAGUGGGCGGAGUUUGGGAAGUCUUUUGAACUUUGGCUUUCGGUUCUUGUUUAAUAAGCUGUCAGCAGCAGUAAUGUUCCUGCUCAGGAACUGUAAGCAUGGCUGUGUUUGAGUUUUCUCCGUUGGAUGUCAUCCUCGCUUCCUGUGGUCUGCCCCUCUUCCUGUUCGACAUAGUGCUGGACAUCUGGGCUGCAGUGGAGUUCUAUAAGGAGGGGAAAUACUGGUGUCUGGCUGUGCUGCUGCUGCU